AUGGAACCGGAGAUUGAUGCUUGGAUCGAGCAGCUGAGCCAGUGCAAACAAUUGACAGAGAACGAUGUCAAAAGACUCUGCGAUAAGACGAGGGAGAUAUUGACGGAGGAGUCAAACGUUCAACCGGUUAGAUGCCCUGUGACCGUCUGCGGUGAUAUUCACGGCCAGUUCCAUGAUCUCUCAGAGCUUUUUCGCAUCGGUGGAAACUCUCCGGAUACCAAUUAUCUGUUCAUGGGGGACUAUGUCGAUCGAGGAUACUACUCGGUGGAAACUGUUACGUUGCUGGUUGCGUUGAAACUACGUUAUCGGGACCGCGUCACUAUUUUGCGUGGAAACCACGAGUCGAGGCAGAUCACCCAAGUUUACGGGUUCUACGAUGAAUGUCUUCGAAAAUACGGAAACGCCAAUGUCUGGCGGUACUUCACCGACCUCUUUGAUUUCCUCCCACUGACUGCUUUAAUCGACAACCAAAUAUUCUGCCUUCACGGAGGCCUCUCUCCCUCCAUCGACACUCUAGACCACGUUCGAUCCAUCGAUCGCGUACAAGAGGUGCCCCAUGAAGGACCCAUGUGCGAUUUGCUCUGGUCUGACCCAGACGAUCGAUGCGGGUGGGGAAUAUCACCUCGUGGAGCGGGGUACACCUUCGGGCAGGACAUCUCGGAGGCAUUCAACCACAACAACGGCCUGACGCUGGUAGCCAGGGCACAUCAGUUGGUCAUGGAGGGUUACAGUUGGGGUCAGGAUAGGAAUGUUGUCACAAUAUUCAGCGCGCCGAACUACUGUUACCGUUGUGGCAAUCAAGCUGCGAUCAUGGAAAUAGAUGAAAAGCUAUCCUACAGCUUUCUACAAUUCGACCCCGCCCCUAGGGCUGGUGAACCUUUGGUUUCCCGCCGUGUACCCGAUUAUUUCCUUUGA